GCAUCGUUUCUUUCUAACUAAUAUUUUAUUAUACUGCAAUGCAUUUAUAUCUUUUAACAGAUAAAAUAAGGUAGAUUAUAAGAACAUGAUGUAUAAGCGAUGAUUAUCUUUAAUGUUAAAUAUAAGGAUAUAUUCAAUAUUAUUCAUGUGAAUUAAAAAAUCGAUAUCAGGCGUACGCGCGGUAAUAGAAGUUGGAGGAUUUUUGUCCCGUUCCCCAGAUUUUUUUAGAAAUCUGAAUAAAAACAUUUGAAAAUUUAAUUAUGAUUUAUGAUAAUUUGCUAUAAAUAAUUAAUGCCAAAUCUAAGUGACCGAAAUUGAUUGAUUGAGUAGUCUAAACACACUUCGAAGUAUGAUUUGUGACAUACGUUUGGUAAACGAAAAUGUAGAAUGUAAAGAUGGAGAAACACUGGAAUUAUCGGUUAUUCAAUUUUCGCGCUUAUCACGUUGGUAUAGUACGUAGAAUAGUAGAAUAGUUGUAUGUAUUUAAUUGUAUCAUAUUACAGUUUAUUGGAAGCAUUCAACGAUGUGUAAUACUAUGUGUAAUGUGCCUUUUUUAACCUAUUAUACAAAAUUCUGUACAAUGCACAAAUACAAUUCAUCUUACUGAAAUAUCAUAAAACACAAUAAAUCAUACUUUGCUAUUAUGUUAUUACCUAAUUGGUCAAAUUUUUAUUUCAUUAAUUUACGAGUUUGAAAAUGUGAAUUCUAUUUAGAUACUGAGAUCGAUUGGACCAGUCACUUAAAUGGCGGUAGUUUGUAUACAUGUUAAGUGCCGCAGAAAAAUAACCUCUGAUGGAGAGGAUAAAACCGGUAGAAAACGUUUCGAAAUGUAUCAAAACUAUCUGUCCAUCACCGGAGGAACUUAGUGUCAUCACGAAUAACGUAAAAUGUGAUAAAUGUGGACUGGUAUUUAAAAAUGGGCCGAGAUAUCGGUUACACGACCUUAAAGUACAUCAACGUAAAAAUUUAGAUAAAACAAUAAAAGAAAAUGUACAAUAUCAUUGUCCGGUAGAGUCUUGUAUUUAUGCUCUAAAAGCCGAAAGACAUUUUAGUACUAUGAAAUAUCUUAAACAGCAUUAUCUUAAAGUACAUGCGAAAAAAACGUAUGCAUGUACUCGUUGCGAAAAAAGUUUUUCUACCGAAUCAGCAAAAGAAGGCCACAUGAGAGUAUGUGGAAUUGAAUUUGUAUGUUCUUGUUCAAAAAUGUACAGCUCCUAUGAAGCCUUGCUCACACAUGCAAAACGAUCUUUACAUACAAUAAAUGAUAAGUAUAAAAAUUCUUUGAGGCGCACAAAUUCUAAAACAGUGAGAUUAAUUCUAUCAAGUAAUCAAACAGAAAUAAAUAAACUAAUUACAAUAUUACCAGUAAAUCAAAAUGAAAAUAAAAUAUCCAAUUCUAAUAAUAAUACAAUGCAGAAACUUACAUCAGAUAUUGGUAUACAAACUGAUGAAUGCAAAAAGAAUAAAAGAAUAUCAAGUCCAUUAAAGUAUGUUAACAAUAGUUGCUAUCAUAAUGGAAAGAGUGGAAUAUCUAAACAGACACAGACAAGUAUCCCUCAAAGAAUUAGACAAAAUGUAAUGUCUAUGGAAACACAAACGAUACAAGCUUCACAAGCAUUUAAGAAUUCGCUGAAGCUUCAGAAACGUGGAAAAAAUUCUGUAUCUCAAAAUUCUGAUUAUACAUUGUUAAAGGAAGACCUUAAUCUUAGCAACUUUACAGCUUCAAAUUUAUUUCCUAGCAGUCCAUUACCACUUCGCCAUGAUGAUGGAUUACAAGAUUUUUGGGAAGAUAAGAGUACAUCGGGUACUCAAACAAUACCUGAAAAAGACAUGUUUGAAGUUCUCAAUGAUAAUGUUACUCAGACAGAGUUCGAAACAUUUUAUAACCAUAGUACAAAUCCAUUGAUACAGUGUACUCCGAAGAGUACGGUUGCUUUAAUGACUUUACCUUAUGUUGAAGAAACGUCGACUGUUGUUGAAGGAUAUUCCUUUGUAUCCUCAAAUAGCAUAUCACGAUCAGAUCCCAUGCUUACAGACAAAACUUUUGAUGAUAAGUUUAGCAGCAUAGAAACUCAAACGGAACAAGCUUAUUCACAAUCAUUUUUUGAUUCAGAUCCAUUAACUAGAUCAUUCGCUUUAAGUUCUACCAUUGAAACACAAACUACAAAUAAUCUUGACAACAUGGAACUAUUAUAUAGUAAUACAUGCACACAAACAUGUAAUGAAAUGCUACCGACUGAUUUAGGAUUAUCUAACAUUCAAACACAAACACCUUGGACUCAACUCGAGGAUACUACAGUUUCUGCUGAAACACAAACAAAGUCCUUGAUAUGUGAAACAGGUUGCAAUAUAUCAAUAGGUGCAUGUCGUUCCUGGUUGAGUACUCAAACUAGUCACACUGAAACACAAACUGACUUACUUAGUAUUUUUGAAGGUCUUCAAUAAUAAGAUAUUCAAUUUUUAUGCAUAUGGCAGUAUAAUAAUUGAUAUUUAGAAAAAAUACUUUAUGUAUAAAGUGAAAAUAAUUUGCAUUUGGUAUUGUAAAAUAAGACUAAUUUUUCGUGUUGUUAUUUAGUACUUUGGUAUUUUUUAUAUUUUGUUACAAACUAAUUAUUUAAGUUCCUGUAUAUGUGCAAUUUGAUGAUGGAAUAUUACGUGCAUUGAUCGAGAACUGUACUUCUUUAAAAAGAAAAUAUUUUGAAUUUACUGUAUUACACAUUAGCCACUGCCACGAUUUGUUUAUACAUGUGUUUCCAGAAUAAAAACAUACACAUUGCAGGCAAUGUAAUUCUUAUACAUAUGACUUAUUAUUAAAGCUAUUAAUUUAAAACUUGCAUUAUGAAAAGUAUUAUUAAUAUUCAAUUUAAGUUUUAAGGGGGCAAAUAAGCCUUGAAUUAAAACUUGUUUUUUAACUGAAAUAUAAUGUCAUUUAUACACACAAAUAAUAUAUGACAAAUAAAUUGAAUUAAGAAAUUUGAAGGUGUAUAAUAAUAGACUCAAGUUAUUGCACUUCAAAAUAAUCUACAGAUGUAAAAUAUAAACUUGCUAUUACAACAUACAUAUGUUAAAAAAAACACUUUUCAUUUAUAAAUAUUAAUUCAUAAGUUUUAAGAUAUUUUCAUGUCAUGUAUUACGAAGAUAAGACAUUUUGUUGUAAUACAACAUAUGGUUUUGAAGUUUUUAACUUAAUGAAUUUUCUAAUACAUCUAAAUAGAAGUAUGAUCUUUAGAUUGAAAUAUUUGCAAUCGUUCGUGUGUCAUAUACAAAGAUAAUUUUAAAAAAUUUAAUUUUUUGUAUAUAUUGUAUUAUUACUAUACAUUGCUUAGAAAAACAUUUGUCAAUUCGUAUAAUUACAAUCUUAUUCAAAAGGAGAUUCAUGCUUCUGAGACUCAAGAGUCAUAUACCCCCUUAAAUAGAAAAAUACAUAAAGAAUCUUGUCUGCUUGAGGUGUAAUUGUUUAACUGAUAGUUUCAACAUUUACAAAGAAACGGAACAUGUAAUUUGAAACUGUACACGUAACAUUGUUACAAUAACUAUUAAAAUAUUGUUUUUUUUUAACAA